CUUUUCCUGAGCCCUAUUUGGUUUCUUUUAGGGAACUACAAAUCUAUUGGUGCUUGAAGCUUUUAGGCAGCACGAUGGAAAGAAGCCUGAAGAACAUCCUGGUGCUUUCCUUUGGAUUUCUAUUUCUCUUUACUGCCUACGGAGGUCUGCAGAGUCUGCAGAGCAGCCUGUACAGCGAGGAGGGCCUGGGGGUGACGGCGCUCAGCACGCUCUAUGGCGGGAUGCUGCUGUCCUCCAUGUUCCUGCCGACCAUCCUCAUUAAGAAGCUCGGCUGCAAAUGGACCAUCGUCAUCUCCAUGUGCUGCUACGUGGCCUUCUCCCUGGGCAACUUCUACGCCAGCUGGUACACGCUGAUCCCCACUUCCAUCCUGCUGGGACUUGGAGCAGCCCCGCUGUGGUCCGCGCAGGGCACCUACCUCACCAUCAUGGGAAACACACACGCAGAGAAGACAGGAAAGGUCGGCAAAGACGUGGUCAGCCAGUAUUUUGGCAUCUUCUUCCUCAUAUUCCAGUCGUCUGGUGUGUGGGGCAACCUGAUCUCGUCUCUGGUGUUCGGCCAGACGCCCACUCAAGGGGCCAUCCCAGAGGAGCAGCUCGAGUUCUGCGGGGCCAGUGACUGCCUGGUGGCCACGGUGUCCACCAACAGCACAAACCGUCCCUCCCAGGAGCUGAUCUACACCCUGCUGGGCAUCUACACAGGCAGCGGCUUCCUGGCGGUCCUGCUCACCGCCGCAUUUCUGGAACCCAUAAAAGACGCUCAGCAGGAAAGUGAGGGAGAGAAGCAAGCGCCACCGUUCUGGUCCACUUUGCUGUCGACGGUCAAGCUGUUUAGAGACAAGCGCCUGUGUCUCCUGGUCCUGCUGCCGCUGUACUGCGGCUUCCAGCAAGCCUUCCUGGCCGGCGACUACACGCGGUCCUACACCACCUGCGCCCUGGGGAUCCAGUUCGUGGGCUACGUGAUGAUCUGCUUCUCAGCUGUCAACGCGCUGUGCUCCGUGCUGUACGGGAAGCUGGCCCAGUACACGGGCAGGAUCGCUCUCUUCGCGCUGGGUGCCGUGACCCACCUGUCCUGCUUCAUCGCCCUCCUGCUGUGGAAGCCUCAUCCCCACCAGCUGCCUUUGUUCUUCGCACUUCCCGGCCUCUGGGGAGUGGCGGACGCAGUCUGGCAGACACAGAACAAUGCUCUUUUCGGGGUCCUGUUUGAGAAGAACAAGGAGGCCGCCUUUGCCAGUUACCGCCUGUGGGAAGCCCUGGGCUACGUCAUCGCGUUCGGAUACAGCACGUUUCUGUGUGUCAGCGUCAAACUCUACGUCCUCCUGGGCGUCCUGAGUCUGGCCAUGGUGGCGUAUGGAACUGUCGAGUAUCUGGGGUCCAAGAAGGUGGCCAGGCUGCUCACCGAAGAGCAGACAAAACCAGCUGAGGAAGGAGUAACACAGACAAAAAUGUGAAGCAACAAACCCCAUGGUGGAUGAACCCAGAGCGUAUCGGCGGGAGAGUUUUACCUGAAGAUGCCUCAGAGUUUAUAGUUGAUUCUUUACGACUACUUCAACAAUAUUUCAUUUUUUACAUGAAUUUUUUUUCUAUUUUAUCAAAUUUUUCAGUCCACCCUCUCAUCCAUAGAGAUCCAGAGUAUACGUGAAAGAAAUAAACUCAGGGUACAAUCAGCCCCUCGGAACUUGCCUAGAAUCAUGGGGGUAACAGCUUACGCUUGUUUUUGUUGUUGUCGUUAAGAAUUGGAAGGCUGCUUUAAAAAUGCAGCCCAACACCAUCAUUUUACAGACAGGUAAACUGAGGUCCGGGCAAGUCAGUGACUACCUCUCAGAGUCAGUAAGUGACAAAGCCAGACUAGGGUUUAUGUCUCUUGAAACUUACAGAGUGUGAGUUUCUAAAUAAAUGCAAUUAC